UCUCCACGCGGCUAUAUAAGGAAAUCAGGGGAGAAGGAAAGAGAAGCGAGUGGAAGAGCAUGGCGAGGAAGAAGAUCCGGGAGUACGAUUCCAAGCGGCUCCUCAAGGAGCACCUCAAGCGUCACGCAGGCAUAGAUCUACGGAUCCGCUCCGCUCAGGUGACGGAAGAGACGGACUUCAAUGAGUUGGCAAACGUGGAACCGUGGCUUUCGUCGGAGAAAUUGGUCGUGAAGCCGGACAUGCUGUUUGGAAAGCGGGGGAAGAGCGGUUUGGUGGCUCUCAAUUUAGAUCUGGCUCAGGCGGCCCAGUUUGUGAAGGAACGCCUAGGAAAGGAGGUUGAGAUGGAAGGAUGCAGAGCGCCUAUUACCACAUUUAUUAUUGAGCCAUUUGUUCCCCAUGAUCAAGAGUACUACCUCUCCAUUGUGUCUGAAAGGCUGGGUUGCACAAUCAGCUUCUCAGAGUGUGGAGGCAUUGAAAUAGAGGAGAACUGGGACAAAGUUAAGACAGUUUAUCUUCCUACAGAGAAGCCCAUGACAGCUGAUGCGUGUGCUCCAUUGAUCGCAACCCUUCAGCUGGAGGUGCGAGGGACAAUAGGAGAUUUCAUAAGGGGGGUCUUUGCUGUGUUCCAAGGUAUAUAUUUCAGUUUUAUAGAUAUGAACCCUUUUACUUUGGUAAACGGUGAACCAUACCCACUGGAUAUGCGAGGAGAACUGGAUGACACUGCUGCCUUCAAGAACUUCAAAAAGUGGGGAAACAUUGAAUUUCCUCUUCCUUUCGGUAGAGUACUGAGCCCCACAGAGAAGUUUGUUCACAAACUUGACGAGAAGACCAGUGCUUCCUUGAAGUUCACUGUGUUAAAUUCCCAAGGACGUAUUUGGACGAUGGUGGCUGGUGGUGGUGCUAGCGUCAUUUAUGCUGAUACGGUUGGAGAUUUGGGUUAUGCAUCUGAACUCGGUAACUACGCGGAGUACAGUGGUGCUCCAAAUGAAGAUGAGGUCCUUCAGUAUGCUCGAGUUGUCCUUGAUUGUGCAACUGCAAACCCAGACGGUCGCAAGAGAGCACUUCUCAUUGGAGGGGGUAUAGCAAACUUCACUGAUGUCGCUGCUACAUUCAAUGGCAUUAUCCGGGCCCUGAAGGAGAAGGAAUCAAAACUAAAGGCUGCAAGGAUGAACAUUUUUGUUCGAAGAGGUGGUCCAAAUUAUCAGACUGGUCUGGCGAAAAUGAGGAAACUGGGCGAGGAGCUUGGGAUUCCGCUUGAGGUUUACGGUCCAGAAGCAACGAUGACUGGAAUUUGCAAACAAGCUAUUGAUUGCAUCACGGCCGCUGCAUGACCAACUUCAUCAUCCAUUGUUCUGCUUUUCGCUUGCCCGCUCAAGUUCAUGUGUCACUCUUACUUGGGGAUUUUGUCAGAGACAUUUACUAGAAUAAUACACUAGAUUUUUCAUUAUCAAAGUUUUUCAUUUAGUAACCUCGUGGUGAAAACCAAUAACCAUUGUAAACCUUUGCCCAUCAAGAAUGUUUCAAAUUGUGAGAA